CUUGUUGUGACCCUGAACUGCCUUGAACUCUUCUCUCUUCCUCCCACCCUUUCCUUUCUGGGAUCUUACAGUGUCACAUGGCCGUUCACAAUUAGCUUUUCUUCUGCAAAAAAAAAAAAAAAAAAAAAGGCAAAAGCAUUUGGCUGCAAUGUGUGGCGCUCGUCCGUCCUUUUUAUGGCGAUGUCUACCAAAGACACGUUGCUGGUGAUGGUCUGGUACCUCUUUAGUGGGCAGAUUAGUUUCCUAGAUACAAAAGUGGCCAGUUUUGUUGGGAGUUUUGGCGAUUUCGAGGGUCGGCAACGUGUAUUCCUAGCAGCCCGACCUGUCACUGGCAGGAAAUGCUUGAGUUAGAGACAGGACAAUUCUUUCCUCAAACUUUGCUGAUGGUUUCUGGAUUUCUUUUAAGGGAUGCUUGUGUAAGAAGGUCAGAGGAACAAAGCGGACUUACUGUAUGUUAGGUUUAUUUGUUAAUCAUUGGGCAGAAGAGAAUGAAUGGGAUCUUAAGACCUUUGAUGCCCUGAGUAGAGGAAAAUCCUCCUUUUAAGCUAGAAACAAGGUUCAACCAAAUAUUAAGGGGAAAAAUUAGCUCGUGGUAAUACCAUUGGUUUUGUUCUUCUGAUACUAAGUAGCUGGCUUAUGAAAUGUUGGGAUGAUGUUUUGUUAAUGAAGACAUUUUAGUCUUUAUAAUUCUAACAUUGUUUCAUAAACAACAGUUGGAUCAAAAGGAAAAACUGGCUAUAUUUAGGGAAUACAGUAUUGUUUUUAUGAGAGAAUAUUGGAAUAUGAAAAGUGUUAUUCUUUUAUCUGAUAAACCAUCUCAUGUGCCAGAAACACUAACAAUUUAAAUGCGGGGCUUUAAAGAAAAUAGCUCAGUCUUUGAAUUUAUCUGUUUUAAGAUUACUAUGCAGAUAUAAUGUAUUAUUGAUUUUUUUACAGCAAAAAUAAAAUCAUUGAAAUGUGAAUGGAAAGAAAAUAAAAGUAAAGCCUGUUUGAUGUAAGGCAUCAGUGUUGAUAUUGCGAUAUUUCAAGUCACAUUCAAUCGAUAGGAUGAAAAAAUUUAAGAGAAGGCUAUCCCUCACACUUCGAGGAAGCCAGACUAUUGACGAAUCAUUGUCUGAAUUGGCUGAACAAAUGACUAUUGAAGAAAAUAGCAGCAAGGAUAAUGAGCCUAUUGUGAAGAAUGGCAGGCCUCCAACCUCUCACAGCAUGCAUUCCUUCCUACACCAGUACACAGGGUCCUUCAAGAAGCCCCCAUUGCGGAGACCACAUAGUGUUAUUGGAGGAAGCCUUGGCUCCUUCAUGGCAAUGCCCAGAAAUGGAAGCAGAUUAGAUAUUGUUCAUGAAAAUCUAAAAAUGGGAUCAGAUGGUGAGAGUGACCAAGCUUCUGGGACGUCAUCUGAUGAAGUCCAAUCACCUACAGGUGUUUGUCUUAGAAAUCGUAUACAUAGACGGAUCUCAAUGGAGGAUUUAAAUAAACGGUUAUCACUGCCUGCAGAUAUCAGAAUACCUGAUGGAUAUCUUGAAAAGUUUCAGAUAAACAGUCCACCGUUUGACCAACCAAUGAGCCGAAGAUCUCGUAGAGCUUCCUUAUCAGAAAUUGGGUUUGGGAAAAUGGAAACCUACAUCAAAUUGGAGAAGCUUGGAGAGGGUACAUAUGCUACAGUAUAUAAAGGUAGAAGUAAAUUGACAGAGAAUUUGGUGGCAUUAAAAGAGAUCCGAUUGGAACACGAAGAAGGUGCACCCUGCACAGCGAUAAGAGAAGUUUCACUGUUAAAGGAUCUAAAACAUGCAAAUAUAGUUACCUUACAUGACAUUGUUCACACAGAUAAAUCUUUGACUCUGGUGUUUGAGUAUCUGGAUAAAGACUUAAAACAGUACAUGGAUGAUUGUGGAAACAUCAUGAGUAUGCACAAUGUGAAGCUGUUUUUAUACCAAAUUCUACGUGGUUUGGCAUAUUGCCACAGAAGAAAAGUGUUGCACCGAGACUUGAAACCACAGAACCUCCUCAUUAAUGAAAAAGGAGAACUAAAGCUAGCUGAUUUUGGACUAGCCAGAGCCAAGUCAGUUCCCACAAAGACCUACUCAAAUGAAGUUGUCACACUAUGGUACCGGCCACCUGAUGUGCUUCUCGGUUCCUCAGAGUACUCAACACAGAUUGACAUGUGGGGUGUUGGUUGCAUUUUCUUUGAAAUGGCUUCUGGAAGACCUCUGUUUCCAGGAUCAACUGUGGAAGAUGAACUGCACUUAAUUUUCCGACUGCUAGGGACUCCAUCUCAGGAAACUUGGCCAGGUGUUUCUUCAAAUGAUGAAUUCAAGAACUACAACUUCCCAAAAUAUAAACCACAACCUCUAAUUAACCAUGCACCCAGGUUAGACUCUGAAGGAAUCGAAUUGAUAACAAAAUUUCUUCAGUAUGAAUCUAAGAAAAGAGUUUCAGCAGAAGAAGCCAUGAAACAUGUGUACUUUCGAAGUCUGGGACCAAGGAUACAUGCCUUACCUGAAAGUGUAUCAAUAUUCAGUUUGAAAGAGAUUCAGUUGCAAAAGGACCCAGGUUUUCGAAAUUCUUCUUAUCCAGAGACAGGACAUGGGAAGAACAGAAGACAGAGCAUGCUCUUUUAAGUCUGAUAACAUGGUUUCAAGCCCAGCCCCCAGCCUUUCUUAUCAAUCAAGGACUCAGAUCUGAAGGCAAUUAUUUCUUUUGGUGGACUUGGAAUCUCCGUUUGUCUACACUGUCCUCUUCACAGUGGAGUCUUUUUAUUUCAGACCUACAGAUUGUUUUUAUAUUUGUUGUCACAGUGUGACAAUUUUUUUGUACAGUUGGUUUUAAGGUCUUCUCUGCCAUUAGAGCCAUUAGGUUACAGCUAUUGAUGUAACUGUAGCUGCAAUUUUUGUGCAGGACUGAAACACAGUGCAUUAUUUAUUGCGGAAUUAUUGCUGCUAAAUAACUACUGUCUGUUUAUUUAACACAACAGUUGAAUGCCUGAAGAAGUUGCAGUGGCUUUAUUAUGUGAAUGCAUCUGUUUCUCCUCAUGAAUUGUUUUACUGCUGCAUUUUUGUUUGUUUUUAAAAUUAAACUGCGGUGUUUUCUGGAAUGUAAAUUCAGCUUUGCUUAACAGUAAAAUAAGUGAGCCAUCUUGAACACUCUAAAUUCAUGCUAUAUAAUCUAUAUAAUUUUUUUUUAUUGAACAUUGGCAAAUAGAAUAGCUAAGAAAUUGAUAAGCACGUUAUGUUUAGGUAAACGCAAUGCAGAAGUUGAUUCGAGCAAGUGAACACCUGACAUUUUGGGGAUCUCACAUUAGAUACCAGAAAAUUAAAGCACCAAAAUUAUUUAUUUUUACCUUUCCUCAUUUUAGAAAUAUUUACUGCAUAUUAUUGGAUAUUUUUUACUAAUACACUUAUCUAUUUUACAUCAUGCUUUAAUUUAGUUCAGACGAAACCAUACAAGUCCAAACAUGAGAGGUCUUGUUUGUUUUAAAUAUAAUUCUUUUAUUAGAAAGGAUGAUGUAUCAUUGAGGAACAAUUUAUUUCAUUUGGGGGUUGUCUGUAUGUGUGUAUUUUAAUAACAUUCACUUGGAAUCAGCUGAAAGCUGUAAUAUGUAUUUGAAAUGAGCCAUGAUAAAUACAAAUGAGAGAAGAGAGAGCUUAGAGGAUUGUUUUAAAGCAUUGUAGAUAUUAUCUGUUUACCAGAUACAAAAUUACAGUUUUAAUUAUGCAUCUCUUUGAACAUCACAAACACACCUUGGUGUUGGUAAUAAUGUUUUAAGCAUUUGUGUUAACUUUUAGAACUAUUUGUUUAGUGCAUCUUACAAACUACGAAUCUUAAUUGGUAUAUUUUGAGGUGGUCAUGUAAAUUUUUGGCUUAUAUAUCAUGAAAAUAGUCAUAACUUAAUUUUCUUCCUGAUAUUCAUUCACUGUAAAACAUUCAGGGGUCCUACCAUUUCUGUUCAGGAAAUCUUGUAGUUUAUUGUUAUUUAACAGUAUUAAGUGAAUUUUUGUAUAUUUCAUUUUAACUUUAUUUGUGAAUAGUGAUUGUGGCAUGUUUAGGGUGUUAUUUUAAUAUUUCAUGAUAGUGAAAUUUUAAUUUUUUAAAAAAAAUUUCUGGAAGAAACAGAUUUAUGUGUAAUGGUGAAUAUUGGACCACUACUGCUUUUCACGUUUGUAAAUAAGUUUUAUGUUAAACCCUGUAGCCUAACAAACUGCUGUUAUUUCUAACUGACAGACAUGUAUUAGAAGGUUAUAAAUAUUAUGUGAAAUUCCUCCCUUUUGUUUUGAAAUUUAUAAUAACAAAAUCUUCAUGUUGUUAA